UUGUUUUCAUAACAUCAUAGUACUUAUAUUGGACAAUUAUUGUUGAUAUAGUAGUCGUGUAAAACAUUAUUAUGUGUCGGGAUGUAAUGGACUGAAAGUAAAGGACAUAGACAGCAUACAGCCAACUGUGUGAAAAGAAGUCAUUGCUUUAAAGUAUUAGUAUACAAUUUAGCUAUCAACAAAGUGGACGUUCACGUGUCUAGACUUGUAUAUCUUGUUUGUGCUACGUGUUUGUUUGAAGAUGGCUGAAAAUUGGAUAUUACCAGGAUUUAUUACUGUACAAUAACUUGAUAAACAAUCAUUUUAAUAAAACACAAUGGCUGAACAGACAGAUCAUGAAGUAUGCAGUAUUUGUUUAAAUGACUUUCAGGAACCUAAAAUUAUUGACUGUCAACAUUCUUUCUGUUACAACUGUCUAGAGGAUUACGUUCACAAAACCUCAACUAAUGGUCAGUUUCCUUGCCCACUGUGCCGUCAGAAUAUUAUUGUUCCUUUAGGUGGUGUGAAUCAAUUUUCAUCUAAGCAGCAAAUGGAGAAUGACUCAACUCUACAAAUUCACCAAUGUGACGUGUGUUUUAAUAUUCAAGCAACAUGUCGAUGUCGCGAUUGUCAACAACAUUUAUGUGAAUCGUGUAAAUCAACACACGAUACGUUGGUUGGCUGUAAAGGACACAUCGUUGUCAAGAUAGAUGGAAUUUCAGAACAAGGAUUAAAGGAAAUUACCUUUGAGCAACCAGCUUGUGAUGUUAAAGAAGAUAUAUCUGAGAAUUCAAGAGGCGCACCCGUACACCCCGCCGAUUUCUGUCCAAAUCACCCGAAAAAGAAAACAAAAACCUACUGUAAAGAUUGUUUGGUGGCGGUCUGCUUUAAAUGCUUUCUCAAGGACCACAAUGGACAUACAUAUCUGGAUCUACAAGAAGAUGAUGUGCGAGAACAAAUCAGAGACGAACUAAAUAAACUGAAAGUAGAAAUAGAAGAACAUAUCAACAAACUUCAAAAUCAUUCAACAUCUUUACAAAGUAAAUUAUCUGAAGUGGAAAAAGCAGCCAAAUCGGCUUGUGAGAACGUUGAUACGCAUGUCAGAAACAUUUGUGAUAAAGUUCACGAAAUGGGAGAAAACGUAAAAGAAGAAAUCCAGAAAACCUACAGCGAUGAAAAUGAAAAAUUCACAAAGCUGAUGACCGACAUUAAAGGUCUAACUGACGAUUUGCAAUCUGGUGUCAAACUUUCCACCAGUAUUCUAGAAGACACUUCUAUUGUUCAAGUUUUGGAGAGAUUGCCAAAUGUGCGCCAGGAAGCGGACCAAUGCCGUUCCAGAAAGUUUAAUAUCCCGGAUGUAAUGUAUCCAUUGUUUACAGAAACGGAGAUAAAUGAGACAGUUCUACGAGAACAACUUGGUAAAGUAGAUGUAGAUACAAGUAUACACCACGAAACAAGAUUUAUUAAUACAUUUAAUAUAAAUCAGUUCAAAUCUGCUAAAAAUGUAUAUGGUUCUGUUACAACAUUUCAUGGUUUACCGUGGUGUGUCUUGGCACAAAAUUAUCCGCCUGGCGAUCCAGGCUUUUUUCUAUGUUUGAACAAAACAGGUCGAAGUUCAGAUAUUUUAUCAUGUCAAGUUGAUUACUUCCUGAAACUGAUCAACCAUAUAGAUGAAAAGAAAUCGAUGACAAGACACGGUACAAGGAGUUUUAAAAACUUUCAAGAUAAGCUAGGGCAAGGAUUUAACCAUUUUAUUACCUGGGACAUAUUAACAAACCAACAAAACCAAGACAAUGGUUUUCUAGAUUCCAACAACAAUUUCAACAUACAAGUUAUAUUGAAACUAAUGGAUGUUAAAAGGGACUAACGUCUUUGGAAUAUAAAUAAAUCUAGCAGAAAUAUAAUGUGUGUUUCUUUGUUGUCAGAGUCAUUAGUAAAUAGAUUGUGUUGAUUACCUUUUAGGACCAGGAACUUGUCCCUAAAAGCUACUAAUUUUCGUUGUCAUUGGACUUCGAUUCUUGAAAUGAUACUAUUAGAAGACGUCUGUGAUGACAUCAUACUCUGUUCCAGAUCUACAGUACGGCGGUAUUUGCUCAGAAAUAUUUGGAUCAAUAACUUGAUUCACCGGAGUGGGUUAUCUGGUUAUCAUUUUUUAAAUAGAAAUUGGCCAGAACAAAUCAACGAUUGGAGUAAUGAGGGCACGCUUUCAUAUCUCCAGAAUCCAUUGUUCUCAUUUGUAAUGAAAUUAAACGAGGUUUAGCAUCCUACUAUUCUGCUCCCACUGGGCUAAUGAAGAUGGGCAUAUGCCAUAUGGCCUACUCUUAUAUAAAAUUCCAAAUGCCAAGGGAUCUUUUUAUGUGCAUGCCAAUCUAUACACGGGACCUCGAUUUUUCAUAACCUCUGCAUCCAGUACCAUGUCACACUUAUUGAUUAUUGGAGAAGAAAAAAUCUGAGGCUACUUCCACCACGGCAAAAACCUGGCUGUUGGAACAAAAUGGUCCCUUUAUACCCAUUAUAGGGGGGGUUGGAUGGCCGAAUGGUUAGCACGUGCGCGCUGUAUCAUAAGGCCUGUCAUUGAGUAAACUGGCAUGGUUUCGAAUCCCUGGUUGUACGUGACAAGGAGUAGGGUCGCCUGUCCAACUUCGUGGGUUUUCUCUGGGUCCUCCGGUUUCCUCCAACUUCUAAAGACACCUAUGCGCAACCGAAUUAUUGAAAUAACAUCAAACCAUAUGUUAGUCCCGAAAUGACCUAGUUUGUGUCAAGUGGACGUUAAACCCCAUUUCCAAAAAAAAAAAACAUUUAUACCCAUUAUAUGUCCAUAUUUAAUAUUGUCACCACCUAUGAAUAUUUUACAGGUCACAGUUCCUUACAAGUUUUUUUUUCAAAUUUGUAUUAAUUGUUAAUUCAUCAAAAAUUACCUUAAGCCAAGUCUGAACAUUUAUCCUCAAUUAUAAAGUGUUCGGAAAGCUGUGACAGGCAGACGGACAGACAGAAUGGUAACAACAAGUAUUAUUUAACUGUGGAGGGCGUGUAAAAAGUAAAAAAAACAAAUUGUUCAUUUAGUAGUAAAUAUUUCUUUAUUUGCCUUCUUCAACAAUUAACAAAUAUAUACAAUAAUAUAUAAA